CUCCCCAGCCCGGCCACCUUCCACGUCCCCAGCCUGCGCGCCGGGUCCUUCUGGGCUGCGUCGCCUGCCCCGGGAACAGCUGCUGCCCCCUCCUAGCCGUCCCCCUGCCCCCAAUCCGCGCUGCAGGGAGUAGCGGGGCAAUCGACACUGAUCCAGCCAUGGCGACUCCCUCUGCUGCCUUUGAGGCCCUUAUGAAUGGAGUGACCAGCUGGGAUAUCCCCGAGGAUGCCACCCCAAGUGAACUGCUGCUCAUUGGAGAGGCCUCCUUCCCGGUGAUGGUGAAUGACGUGGGCCAGGUCCUCAUCGCUGCCUCCUCCUAUGGCCGCGGCCGCCUGGUAGUAGUGGCCCACGAGGACUACCUGGUGGAGGCCCAGCUCACUCCCUUUCUGCUCAAUGCAGUGGGCUGGCUUUGUUCUUCCCCUGGGGCCUCCAUCGGAGUGCACCCAUCCCUGGCACCCUUGGCCAAAAUCCUUGAGGGCUCUGGUUUGGAGGCGAAGAUCGAGUCGGAAGUGAAAGACUCCCUGGGGGUUUACUGUAUCGAUGCCUACAAUGAAACCAUGACUGAGAAGUUGGUCCAGUUUAUGAAACGCGGCGGGGGCUUGCUCAUUGGAGGCCAAGCCUGGGAUUGGGCCAACCAGGGCGAUGAUGAAAGGGUCCUGUUCACGUUCCCCGGCAACCUCGUGACCAGCGUGGCCGGCAUAUACUUCACUGAGAACAAAGGGGACACGAGUUUCUUUAAAGUCUCCAAGAAGAUGCCCAAGAUCCCAGUCUUAGUUAGCUGCGAGGACGACCUCUCAGAGGACAGAGAGGAGCUCCUGCACGGCAUCUCGGAGCUGGACAUCACCAACUCGGAUUGCUUCCCGUCCCAGCUGCUGGUGCACGGGGCCCUGGCCUUCCCCCUGGGCCUGGACUCCUACCACGGCUGUGUGAUUGCGGCCGCCCGCUACGGGCGCGGCCGGGUGGUGGUGACUGGCCACAAGGUCUUGUUCUCCGUGGGGAAGCUGGGCCCCUUCUUGCUCAACGCUGUCCGCUGGCUGGACGCGGGCCGCCGGGGCAAGAUCGUGGUGCAGACAGAGCUGAGAGCGCUAAGCGGCCUGCUGGCAGUGGGGGGCAUCGACGCCAGCGUGGAGCCCCACCUGACCAGUGAUGCCAGCGUCUACUGCUUCGAGCCCAUGAGUGACGUGGGGGUCAAGGAGCUGCAGGAGUUUGUGGCGGAGGGCGGGGGGCUGUUUGUGGGCGCCCAGGCCUGGUGGUGGGCCUUCAAGAACCCCGGAGUGUCCCCUCUGGCCCGGUUCCCAGGGAACCUCCUCCUCAACCCCUUCGGCAUCAGCAUCACAAGCCAAAGCCUGAACCCAGGGCCCUUUCGCACCCCGAAGGCAGGGAUCAGGACCUAUCACUUCCGUUCCACCCUGGCCGAGUUCGAGGUCAUCAUGGGCAGGAAGCGCGGGAACGUGGAGAAGGGCUGGCUGGCCAAGCUGGGGCCCGACGGCGCGGCCUUCCUCCAGAUCCCGGCUGAGGAGAUCCCCGCCUAUAUGUCGGUGCACCGGCUCCUGAGGAAGCUGCUGAGUCGCUACCGGCUCCCCGUGGCCACCCGCGAGAACCCGGUUAUCAAUGACUGCUGCCGGGGUGCCAUGCUCUCCCUGGCCACAGGUCUGGCCCACUCCGGAAGUGACCUGUCUCUGUUAGUGCCGGAAAUUGACGACGUGUACAGCAGCCCCUACCUGCGCCCCUCGGAGUCCCCCAUCACUGUGGAGGUCAACUGCAACAACCCAGGCACCAGGUACUGCUGGAUGAGCACCGGGCUCUACAUCCCAGGGAGGCAGAUUCUAGAGGUCUCGCUGCCUGAAGCUGCGGCCUCUGCCGACCUGAAGAUACAGAUAGGCUGCCACACGGAUGACCUGACCAGGGCCAGCAAGCUGUUCCGAGGGCCCCUGGUGAUCAACCGGUGCUGCCUGGACAAGCCCAGCAAGUCCAUCACCUGCCUUUGGGGGGGGCUGCUCUACAUCAUCGUGCCGCAGAGCAGCAAGCUGGGCACCGUGCCCAUCACCGUCAAGGGUGCCGUGCAUGCCCCCUACUACAAGCUGGGGGAGACGUCCCAGGAGGAGUGGAAGAGGCGGAUCCAGGAGCAUCCGGGGCCCUGGGGAGAGCUGGCCACGGACAACAUCAUCCUGACGGUGCCGACCGCCAACCUCCGCACGCUGGAGAACCCCGAGCCGCUGCUCCGCCUCUGGGAUGAGGUGAUGCAGGCGGUGGCCAGGCUGGGCGCCGAGCCCUUCCCUCUGCGCUUGCCUCAGAGGAUCGUGGCCGACGUGCAGAUCUCAGUCGGCUGGAUGCACGCCGGGUACCCCAUCAUGUGCCACCUGGAAUCCGUGCAGGAGCUCAUCAACGAGAAGCUCAUCAGAACCAAGGGCCUGUGGGGGCCCGUCCACGAGCUGGGCCGCAACCAGCAGCGGCAGGAGUGGGAGUUCCCGCCGCACACCACUGAGGCCACCUGCAACUUGUGGUGUGUGUACGUGCAUGAGACGGUGCUGGGCAUCCCCCGGGGCCGGGCCAAUAUUGCUCUGUGGCCCCCAGUUCGGGAGAAGAGAGUGAGAAUCUACCUGGGCAAGGGUCCCAACGUGAAAAACUGGAAUGCAUGGACGGCGCUGGAGACGUACCUACAGCUCCAGGAGGCCUUUGGCUGGGAGCCAUUCAUUCGUCUCUUCACUGAGUAUAGAAACCAGACCAACUUGCCCACAGACAACGUCGACAAAAUGAAUCUGUGGGUGAAGAUGUUCUCCCACCAAGUGCAGAAGAAUCUGGCUCCGUUCUUUGAGGCCUGGGCCUGGCCGAUCCAGAAGGAAGUGGCUACCAGCCUGGCCUAUCUGCCUGAAUGGAAGGAAAAUAUUAUGAAAUUGUACCUCCUCACACAGAUGUAAGGAGUGCCCAGCGAGGUGGCAGGCCCCACUGAAAUCGAAGUCAAGAAACCCGAAAGAGAAUUGACACAUCUCAGCAAAGAAAACGGAAGGAAUUUAGUUAUCAGUGAAGAAGAUCUCAACACCUUUCUGGAAGAGAAUCAAUGGAUGAAGCUUGAAAAUGAUUAAAAGAGUGAAGGUACCUUUCAGAGAGAAUUUAAGCUGAUCUGAACAAUGUAACCCCAAAGAGACCUGCCAAGUGUAUCUACUAAAGAGUUAUCCCAGUUGUAAAAUCGACUCCCAUCCUGUUCUACCCCAACCCUGUGCACAGAAUACAGGCGAUGUCCUGUUGGUGCCAGUUACAAAUCUGUUGUUGUUUUUGCUAUUGUUGCUGUUGUUGUCUAUAUAAAAUAAUUCAAUAAACCGCCUGAGGAGAGGUAGGAGUUGGUGCUCCAGGAAAAAAAAAAAAUCUCUCUUUUUGUGGAAAUGAGUAACCCCCUAGCCUGUUAGCAAAGUCGAAUUCUAACAAGUGAGAGCCCUACCCAAGUAGGGUUUCCAGCAUCAAAAGGGUUUACUGGAGAAGCAGACCCAACCAUACAGUAGCAGCAGAAACCCACACCAACUGCUAUGAAAGUCAACAGUUACUUUGAUUCUUAAGUGCCAAAGGCCAACCAGCAAUUCCCAAGCAUUAGACAUGGGGGUGGGGAGGAGAGAAUGAGCAGGGGAGAAGCAUGUAAGGGAAAUCAUCAAUUAAAAUUGGAUUUGAAAAAGUACAACCAACUCUGGAAGAAACAGAGAAACCGUAACUUAAACAUCUGUACCUUCAAAAAAGAUCUGAGGUAUAUUUGUAAGAUGCUGCAAUGAAAAGGAAACUGAAUGGGAAAAGUCUUUGGAAAUUAAAUAAGGCCUCCAGAAACAUCCAGUGGACAGACUGGAGACAACAGUUGAGGGACUAUCCCUAAGAUAGAGUGCAAAAAGAAAUAGCAGAAAAUAUGAACAAGAAAAGAGACAUAGAUAGUAUCUAACUGUGAGAAGUUUCUGGAAGGGAGACUAUCGAUUAAGCCAAUAAAAGUCUUAAAAAUGUCAUAUCUAUCAAAAUAGGUAAAGAAAUAAAAAGAGAAAGGAUUGAAGGACUUAGAGUUCAGAUAGAAGGGGAACCCCCAUGCAACCUCCAUCUAGACACAAGCUUGCGAAAUUUUGAAUUUAUUAAGGAGAGAGAAGAUAUUACAAGUGCCCAAAGAGAAAAUAAAAAUAGGUCAUCAAUUAGCUCAACUGAAAAGGAUGAGAAGCAGACUGGCUGCAAAUUUUAUCAUCAACAUGAAUGCUAGAAGCCAAUGGAGUGAUGUCAUCACAAAUGGAAGAUUUUUGUAUCUAGAAUUCCUAGCAGGCCAAAUUGUCAAGAGUCAAGUCAAAACAAAGACAUUUUCUGACAUGUAAGUUUUCAGAAAGUCCUUUGCACCCUUACAGAGAAAUCACCGUGAGGUUGUUCUUCAGCAAAAUGAGGAGAGAAGCCAGAAAAGAGGAAGAAACAGAAUCCAGAAAACAGGCAGCCUCACUCAGGUGUGCCCACGUAGACCCUUCCCAGGUGAGCGCGCCCAGUCACAGCCUCCUGGGGAAGAAUCUGCACUCUGUCCUAAGGCAGACUCAUUGGGCAGCUGGAAUGUUUGAGAACAUGAAGGACCAGUUCUCUUUAGUCACCAGAAGACAACCCAAAAAGAUAUCAAGAAAUUCAGGUCUGAUUAUGAAAUAACAGCAAAAGUUUUCAUGGAGCCUAAGCGGAGACUGGAUUUGGCAUUGGCGGUAGGUAUUUUCCCUUUCAAGUAGCACAGACCCCCUGGCUUUGGAUGUGUGUGGAAGAAAAUGCCCUGGUUUACUCGGCUCUCAGUAAACAGUUUUUAUUAAACAGCCAAAAUAAUGUAGAUGCUAUUUAUUGGUACUCUGAUCAGCCUAUGACUCUCUAUGAAAGGCUUCCUUACUUAUUCAGAACUGACACUGAAAGUAAUUGAUCCUGACACGCUAAGGAAAAGCAGAAACAGAAGAGAUUGAGCAUUAGUUGGGGGAAGAGCAGUGAAAGGAAGAACAGGGCUUAUAUAUUCAAGUGGGAAUGAAAGAUAAAAUCUACAGCUGAUGGAACAAGAGCCCCAAAAUUGGUCUGCUGUUCAAAACUAUAAAUUAAACCAAUGAAAGUAUUUAAAAUGUCCUAUCUAUCAAUAAUUUGAGAAAGGAAAGGUGGGGAUAGUGUAAGUUAAAUCCUUAUCUUUUAUAAAAAAAAUUAUUAAAGAUUGCCUAAAGUUAAUAAAUCAAGAAAUUAUUGUUCAAACAUUAUUUAAUGAUAGGAAAUUAGUUACCAGAAGGUCUAAAGGAGAAAUUGUUAAAAGCCUUGCCUUAGGGAUCAGUCUAGGGUUGAAAGGGUGGGAUAGGAAACUCUGUUUUUCAUUUUAAGUCCUGUAUUAUUUAAUUUUUUUACCUUGUGCAUGUAUUACUUUGGAAAAUUUUUAAUAAAUGCAAAUAAAAAUCCCUCAGUGGCUUCAUAUUGACCAAGAGUCUGCACAGCCAAAGCCCUUGGAAUGGUGUAAGAGACCCACAAGCAUUUGCAUCCACCAGAUCUUCCCCAUCACACUCUAGUUCUUCCAGCUACUCAAACAUCUUCCAACAAAGCACACUGCACCUCCUCUUAUUUCUAAAGGUGUUCCCCAAAAAAGCAAAACCUGCCUCUGAUCGCCCAUGUGUCUGGUGAUCCAGCUAACUGACUGCAGGUUCUCCUAUGUUCACUGAGUGAAUGAAUGUCCAGCAGGGACCAACUAGUUUCCUUCCCAAGAGGCACGUGAUACUUGCUUCUAUUCCAAGAAGCAUUUCAAGACCAUCCUGGAGCAACACUUUCCUUCCUGUCUAUUCAUUUGACCACUUUAGUAAGCUUUAGUCUUCUUUGAGACCAGGUAGUGUCUGAGAAUUUCUAGCUAUCAGUCCAUCUCCUCAAUACAUUCCUCACCCUUUUCCCUGAGCAUCAUAAUGUUUGCAGCUAUUUAUUCACCCCGUGGUUUGGGAGAAGCCAUCAACCAUCU